AUGAAUCACGAAAUCAAAAACGCAGAAAAAACGCCAAAAACGGAACAUGCAGGCACAACUUGUGGAGAGGAAUUGGUUGUUUCGGUCUCCGACUUGAAAAUUCAUGCAUCCACUCACGAUAUUUCGGCAUCAAUUAUGUGUGAAAUGUGUGGUAUAAUUUUGAAGCACCUCCUAAAGCAACUUUGGAAUAACAGAGAUGAUCACGCGUCCGACGGAGCAGAGAGUGGACAAAGUCACAGUGUGCUGAAUCUGGAAAAGCGUUCAGAGAUACAACGACAUACGCGUUGCCAUUCGGCCGAAGAGAACUGCUUGUGUUCAACCUGUGGUCAGGUGUUUCCAAAUAGUGGAGCUCUACAGAAAGACAAUUUCCUACAUCACGACAAAGCACCAAUGGAACAAGUAACGAAGCACGAAUGCGCUGUUUGUAAGCGUUGGUCUGAAGGCACUCGUAAUUUGAAACGUCACUCCGUUGUUCACACAAAACAGCGGCCUUUCGUGUGUGUUUUGUGUGCCAAGGCAUAUUCGCAGUUUGGGGCGCUUCAGUUACAUCAAAGUAUGGAUCACCACAUGCAGGCAAGGUCUACUGCCAUCGUAAUCCACGUUACCGGAGAUGAUGGUCCGAACGGAAAUUGA